AGGCGAGAGGGGGGAGGAGCAGAGAGAUGAUUCCUCUCUAAUCCUCUAGACACACGCUCGGUCUGGCUGCCUACUGGCUCAGAGAGAGAGGGAGAGACGGACGCAGGUGGAGGGCGAAAACAGAGAGAAACCAAGUGGGAAGAGGGGAAAAAAACAAGAUGAAGGGAAGAGAAGAAAGGAGGGCUGCCUGUUGUAUAGCACGCUGAGAGAAAUAUAUAAGGAGAGAGGCGGCGAGCACGAAGGAGCUCUGGAGAAACCAGCAACUCCUCUCUCACGGUUUCCAGCAGAAGGAAGGAGACGGAGGAGUGCGAUGCUUCAGUCCUGCUCUGCCUGAGACAAACCAGGCGAGAAAGGAGCAACGGAGAGGAAGAGGAAGAGGAGGAAUCCCUUUGGAAGAACAGCUGGAAGAGAAGACGACUAGAGAGAAAUGAAGGGGAUGGAGGAGAAGAGGACAAGCAGAGACUCCUGGUUCCUGAGGCUCACAUGAGUGUGUGGACCAGAGUUACUACGAGAUGCUGUCAGAGAAGGAGCGUGUGAGGGCGGAGUGUUAGUGUGCAGAUGAUGGAUGUCUGUUUGCACAAAUUGCUCCUUGAAACUCGGCAGAAGUAGACGAGAGUGAGAGUGUGUGUGUGUGUGUCAGGCCAGGUGUGAGAACAUAUGACAGACCAGCUGUUUUAAGAGGUAGAAGGGGUCAGGAGCACCCAGAGGAGCAGAAAGCGAGAAGAGGCGCUCACGUGUGGAAGUGCAUGGACUGAAUUACUCACACGGACGUUUAGCCAGAGCAGAGGCGAGUCCAGCUGUCUCAGAGGUGUGAAGAACAGCUUUAAAACAGAAGAACUGAGGCGACACUGAGCUCCUUUCAGCGCCUCUUUUACACUAAACCGGCCACCUGAAGCCACUCCCUACCUCAUCUCAACAAGUGGACUUGAAGACUCGCAGGUUUGACAGCAGCUGAGCGGGGUCAGUCCUGAUUUCUGGUGCCCAGUGGAUGCCCUCUAACUCCAGCCAUGGGAGAAUGGACCAUCCUAGAGCGCCUCCUGGAGGCCGCAGUCCAGCAGCACUCCACUAUGAUCGGCAGGAUCCUGCUGACAGUAGUGGUGAUCUUCCGCAUCCUGAUCGUAGCCAUCGUGGGGGAGACAGUGUACGAGGAUGAGCAGACCAUGUUCAUCUGUAACACUCUGCAGCCAGGCUGCAACCAGGCCUGCUAUGACAAAGCCUUCCCCAUUUCACACAUCCGCUACUGGGUCUUCCAGAUCAUACUGGUGUGCACACCCAGCCUCUGCUUCAUCACCUACUCCGUCCACCAGUCGGCCAAGCAGAGAGACCGGCGCUACUCUUUCCUCUAUCCCAUCAUGGAAAGGGACUACGGCGGAAGGGACGGAGCACGAAAGCUUCGCAACAUAAAUGGAAUUCUAGUUCAGCACGGCGGCGAUGGCGGAGGAGGGAAGGAAGAACCUGACUGCCUGGAAGUGAAGGAGAUCCCCAACGCCCCACGAGGCCUCACCCACGGAAAGAGCUCCAAAGUUCGCCGGCAAGAAGGGAUCUCCCGCUUCUACAUCAUUCAGGUGGUGUUCAGAAACGCACUGGAGAUCGGCUUCUUGGCAGGCCAGUACUUCCUCUACGGCUUCAGCGUGCCUGGGAUUUUCGAGUGCGACCGCUACCCGUGUCUCAAGGAGGUGGAGUGCUAUGUGUCCCGGCCCACGGAAAAAACGGUGUUCCUGGUGUUCAUGUUUGCGGUGAGCGGCAUCUGCGUGGUGCUCAACCUGGCCGAGCUCAACCACCUGGGCUGGCGCAAGAUCAAGGCGGCCAUCAGGGGCGUCCAGGCCCGCAGGAAGUCUAUCUGCGAGAUCAGGAAGAAGGACAUGGCGCAUCUGUCCCAGCCUCCCAACCUGGGACGCACUCAGUCCAGCGAAUCAGCCUACGUCUGAAGAUGAAGAGAAGAAAAAAAAGGAGGAGUGGGAUGAAUGUGAAAGAGAGAGAAUGAAUUAAUUAUGAUUUUAAUUUAAUGAAGAUGGUGCGGACGUCAAACCAGAUGACCUCUCCUCUGUAAUGAAGGAGUGAAACAGAAUGUAAAAAGACCAAACCUCCGGCUCUGCGACUUUGAGUCAAGAGAGGUGGGAGGAUAAAGAAAAUUACAAAGCAGAAAAGAGGACAAAAAGUUUCGCUCGAACAUAAUUAAGACAUUAUGAUCUCAUGAGGAGAUAUUCCAACUGCCAUUUUGUACUUUUGUCUUUUUUAACUAAUUACCUUCUUCACUGCCCUUCACUUCUUAAAGAAUUAAAUCCCCACGGGGUUGGAGAUGGAAAAACUAGAGAUGAGAAGAAGAAGAGGGGUAGCGAGAGGAGAACGGAUAAGAGGCUGUUUUGUGUUCUUUGACGAUAUUGGAAGACGACAGCGGUGUUUGAUACUUCCCAUGGUGCUUUUCUUCUGGACUGUGUCAGCCUCAGUGAAAAAGGGAGGACAGGAUAGGGGAUGGGAUGGGGAGAAUGAGCAGCAGCAUCAUUAAAAAGAGGAACGGAAGAGCUGUCAAAGCCGUGACAGACUCUAGAGAAGGGACGACAAGUUUGGCAGCGAGGGGGAGGAGGAGGGAGACAACACGCUCUGGGAAAACAUAUGAAACAAGCGAGGAGGGGGAACUGAGAGGGAACGUUUUUUUCUUUCGCUUCCUCUCUUCGCCUGAGAAUCCAAGAGAGAGAAUCCAGGAGAGAAGGAGCUGCCUCCCGACUGUGUGUCUUGCCUCUGCUGGAACAUCGUCACAAGCCAAAACCGAGAGAAAAAGACUGACGAUGUUUAUGUUUUGUCUCUUGGCAAAAGAUGAUUUUAACACAAACAUGGCGAGUACCAUAAACACUUUCCUCUUUCCUCUCCCCCAUCUCUCGCUCUCUGCUCGGCGGCUGGCAGCUAUUUAGACCCCGGGGGCUUCGAAUGACAGGAAUGACCGCCGCUGCUCUCCUGCUGCGUAAAUUUCGGAGAGGAACUAAUGAACAAAUGGACACGCAGUUGGUUAACGUCAGUCUCUCCUGAAGCACAAACCAAACUUCCCUCGUUGCAGCGUUGUCACGUGCAAACACAAAGGAGGGAACAGAGAGACCAGAGCUAAAGAGAACGAGAGAUUGUAGAAGAGGAAGAUCACUUUAUAACAACUUUAAACAAAUUUUAUAUAAUACAUCACUAUGAGUUAUGAUUUUUUUUCAGAAAGCGAUGGUGCCAUCCUUAAGAUAUUUAAUUAUUGUUAAAGAGUUACAUAGAGUAUAUCAUGGUAAUAUUAUUUAUCCAUUUAGAGUAUAUCCAGAUAGAUUUAUUUAUCUUUGCGGGCGGGUUGGUUGGGAGAUCAUGUUGCUGUUUUUUUCAAAUGUAUAAACUGUCUGUCUUUUUUUCAUUUUUGCUUAGUUUAAAGCAUUUCUCACUGAUGGAACUGAUUAAUGUCAUGUACGGGGUGGGAAGGGACAUGUUUGCGAGCUUUGUUCAGAAAUGCUUUUGAGGUUUUGCAGCUGAUUUUUUUUCCUUAUUUGCAACUCUGUAGGGAAAACGUAGAUGCAUUUGUUACUUAACUGCAUUUAAAAUGCAGAGCAAAGCAGCUGUUAAACACACCGUGUGUGUGUGUUUUCUACAGAGAGCCUUGGCUUUCUUCAAAAUCAGCUGCACAGCUUCAGGCAAUUCAGGCCUGUGAGCCAUUUGAUAAAGGCAUGUUUACACGAUGCCAUGUUUCUUGAAUGAUCAAGCUGUGUAGCCGAGGAGUAGUUACUCUCUAGGGACAUUUGUGUUUUUGAUUCUCAGUGGCUUUCAUUUUGCAUUUCUUUCCUGACUGGAUUUCAGCAUGCAUGCAAUGUAAGAGAAAAGUAAGAGAAUGACUUGAAAGAAACAGAAAAAGAUGACAGAGCGUGUUGCACCUUGAUUAAUGUAGACUUGGUGGAAGAGUGGCAGACUGAAGAAACAUUCUGGGACAAAGGUGUUUCUGGACACAGACGUGUAUAAAUGCAUGACGUAAAACAUGGAGCUAACACACCGAGUCUAUGAAACCAGAUAUAAAGACAAUUCAUGGACCUGGUAGCUCUGCCUUCUAAGAAAAACAUUCCAACACAACUGACCUGUCUUCUCAGUUAUGUCUUGAAGGAAAUGUGUUUUCACCCAGAUGCAUUUUGUGGUUUAUUACAAAUACAUUUCUAAUCUACAUAUCUUUGUUAUUUAUUCUUAUAUAGCUUUCCAACUUCUUUUUCAACCAGUGAAUCAUAUAUUAGAUAAGGUGGGACUCAUCACCCCUCUAGUAACCCAGAAAAUCAAAGAUAAAAGCUUUAAAGUUGUUUUGAAAGAUGAUAUUUUCCAAAGGCUAGUGCUGUACUUUAAGCAUCCACAAGCACAGGAGCACCCACGUGAAGUAAAACUGGUUUACACUGAGUUCAGUAAAAUGCAGUCCUACUGAAUCCUGGAGGAUGGUAAAAUGUUAAACACUGAUGUGUUUCAAGUUUAGUACAUUUCUCAAAGAAAUUGGUUGUAAGCAGCUGAUGGAGACAGGGCUCAGUAUAAAAGAGAAUAAUCAAGUCUUGAACCUGACAAAGUAGUUUUACUGCCUAAACCCACCCAAGAAAAUACAUUUCUUCUGACAUGUAACUGAGAAUACAGUUUAGUUCAGGUGACAAUCAGACACAAGCACAAAGCAGUUCUAGCCACAUUUUGUCUGUCUAAAACAGUCCAUGCUCUUUGAUCUUGUUACAGAGCUGUUAGCUACAGCUGUCACUUAUCCCCUCACUUUACAAUCAUAGAAAAUACACAAAUAAUCAUGCAGCAGAUCAGUGGUCUGUCCUUUAGUCUUGGCAUUUAAAUGUAACAACAAAGAACCUGCAAUCUGGACGGCCUUACACAGAUCAGCACUGCAGCAGCUUCUCACUGCCUCGUCUGACUGGUUGGCUUCAAGAGGGGCACUGUUCUACUUUCUCAUUUACUUUUAUGAUACUGUUAAUAAACACAUUAACCCAACGGCAGAGAUAUGACACCACAUCAUAGCUGCAUUAAUUAAUUUUCCGGUCCUAGUAUGUGGCAGCGUUAAUAGCAGCACAGUGGAAAGGAUGAAAAGUCAGCUGCAUUGUUUAACCCUCCUGUUGUCCUCAUUUACGGGCACCAAAAAAAUUGUUUCUUUGUCUGAAAAAAAUCCAAAAAUUUAGCAAAAAAAUUCCCCAAAUUUCUGAGAAUUUGCAAAACCUUCAGGAAGAAAAUUCCAAUAAUUCCUUAAAAGCAUCCCUUGAAAGUUUUAUUUUGAAAAAAUCCCCCAAACGUGGCAAGAAAAUUCAAGUAAAUAUUUUCUAAAAUGGGUAAAAAUCUUCCAAAAAAAUCCUAAAAACAUCUAAAAUGAUUACAUACAUAUCAGAAAAACUUCAAAUACUUUCUUUAAGAACAUUCACAAAAAAUCAAUAAUUUUUUUGAAUGUUCUUAAAGAAACAUUUUUAACAUUUCUUUUUUUUCCCACCAAAAAAUGUUCAUAAAUUUCCCCAAAGAUGUCGAAAAUGUGGACUAUUUUCUCCCCAAAUUUUCAAACUUUAAAACGGGUCAAUUUUGACCCGCAGGACAACAGGCGGGUUAAAUAAACUGCAGCAUACAUUACUUAGAACAGUGGUUCUCAACCCUGUUCCUCAGGACCCCAUGUCCUGCAUGUUUUAGAUGCUUCCCUGCUCCAACACACCUGACUCAAAUGAUCAGUUCGUUAUCAGGCUUCUGCAGAGGCUUGAUAACGAGCUGAUCAUUUGAAUCAGGUGUGUUGGAGCAGGGAAGCAUCUAAAACAUGCAGGACAUGGGGUCCUGAGGAACAGGGUUGAGAACCACUGACUUAGAACAUUGAUCUCUUUAGAAAAAAUGAAGCAACAUUUAAACAACCCCACUGUAAAAAUACUGUCAAGAUUUAUUCAUUGCAUUUCAUAUUAACUAAAUCUGUAGCAGCUGUAAUCUGUUUUUUUUCCUAAAGAAAAAUGCUUGUCGUACCAUCACCACUGAGGCUGCUGUCUAAAUACCCUUACAUGGCACUAAGUACUGUAAACACCAUAAAGCAGCAGCCAGAGCUACAGUUGGUCUUUUAGGAACAGCUGAUGUAGUGGAAGUUACUCUGCUUCUCCAUUCACUCCCACUGUCAUAAUCUCUGUGAUUCUUACAGGUGAUUAUCCCCAGAUUUAGUCUCCCCCGAGGGUGUGAAUGGGUCCAGGGGGAUCGGUGCAGUCUACUUACUGUAUGCACCCAGAAGGACAAAUACGCUGACAGGGCAUGCCACAAUGCCUAAUAAUAGAGGUUGAGCUACCCCUUGUCCAUCCCCUAUACUGCUGUGAGCGUGCUUCUAGCGAAAGCUUAAACGCUGACCUUAAGCUUAAGAGCCAAGCCGAUGUCCUGUGCUAUACGGAGCUCCUGCUGGGAGUCAGAGAGCAGGACAGAACUGAUCUAAUCUCUACUAUUUUUACUGAAUGGUGUGCACACAUGUUCAACGUACACUCGGACUUGAACGUGGGAACACUUUUGAGUUCAGCUCUUGGAUUCUGUCGUUGUGUCUGGUUUCAUUCAGGUCAGAAACACAAACACGCACACACAGCGUAGAAGGCCAUAAAUGUGUCCUGGUUUUCUUCGGUUUACAUUUAUCCAAGGUUCAUUAGUGACUCGCUCCAGUUGUGGCGUCAGUGGAACCAGUUCUUCCAGCAGUCCACCACUCUCCACGGUCUGCUUUUCUAUUUGUCAAUGUGAAAUGAAUUAUGCAACUUUUUUUUUCUUAUUUGCUUAUCUUUUUUGACUUGUGGGCUCAUUUUGUUGUCUGUUGCUCUUUUUGUGCAGUGACAUAUCAAAAAAGGAAGAUGUUUUUUCUAUGUAAAGAACAAACUUUUUUUUUAUGUGUAAAACCAAGGGUAGAGUGUUGAAAUAUAAGACUAGCAGAAAAAAUAUAUUUCCUCCCUUGCCAAAGUGAUAUGCAAAGUUGAAUUCAUUUUCAAAGAUUUUUUAACUGCAUGUGUAACGGCUAGAAUAAGCAUGUUUCUAUGUUUUCUUCAACGGAAUCUUUAAAAAAGACUUUUUAUUUAGUCCAAACUACGGAGUGAAGCUAUUACGUCUCGAUGCCAUGUGUGUAUAUUAACUACCCAGUUUUUCAGCAGACGGUUACAGAGCCAGGCAGACAACACCAACUCAGUGAAGUUAAAACUACCUACUACAUUAUCGUUUCAAGUCCCGAAAGAGUUUAAAAAAUGCUGUAUACAGUAAAUCCUUUACUUUAAGAAAUUUGCACAUUUAUAAUUAGUUGUAGAUGUUUUGAUCGAUAAGCCAGUCUCUCAAAUGUGUAAAACACAGGGUACACAGGAGUAUCAGCUGACAGGUAAAACACUGGCACCACUAGAUGUCAGACGCCAGAACAUUCCAGGGUUUAGCCCCCAGCACAAUGAACCUACAAUGAACAGAGUUUUAAUGUAACAUGACUAAAUCCUCAGUGGACAACAUAUCGGGCUGCAGUGCACUGACAGCAGACUCAGGAGAGAAAACAAUGCUGAUGUUUUACAGCUUUUCUACACACAAGAACACUUUUAUCGUGUCAGCAUCCUUUCCAUUUGUACUGUAGAACCAACCCGAGAAAAUCAGCUGUUGGUGCUGCUGAGGCUCAAAUCAUUCGUUCGGAGACAUUCCCUUCUGUCCAGCACACUACUGCCCACAAACCACAGGUCAUGUAGCAACGCAGGUCUCCUUAAAAAUCAAGCUCUUGACUGUUACGUACUAAAGGAGCCCGUUUUGUGAAGGUCCUAUAGCUAGUCAUGAUAUAAUCUCCACGGUUCAUUCAUAGCGCAGAACAGUAGCAAACAAUUUGACUCUCAGGAACGCAGCAUGUAAGUGAGCUGCUUCAUUCAUUAACACGGAGCUCAAUGAACAUUACUCUUUAUUCUGCUGCCAGAAGGACCCAAGAUUAACUUAGUAAUCACACUGUGUAGCCGAUCCAAAGGGCUGGUAGGUGGCCCCUGAGCCAGUUUUGAAAAUGCCCUCCUUAUAUAUUAAAGGGCUUUUUAUUAUUGCAAACUAAAAAGCCAUAGUUUAAAAAAAAGAAUUCAAACUUGACGUGGCACAGUAUUUUGAAAGAGUACAAUGUGCACUCACAGGCCAAGAUUAGUCCCAUUCAUACGUCAGUCAGUCAGCGAGGCAUUGGAGUCGUUUUUGCAUUUAAAUUGAAAAUUAGACAUCUUGUUUCAAAAGCUUUUCACUGUGUUGAAUGAAAUGAGAGAAAUGUAAGUUAUAAAGCUCCUUUAUCCUGGUGUUCAGCUUCAAUCUUCAUUUUAUUGUGAAAUAACAUGCUCCCUCCCUCCCUCCGGUCCCGUCUCGUACUGGUGCUGCUGUCCUGACAGCUAGAUUAUAACGUUUGUGGGUUCAGGAGUGGACCUCUCACUAAUCUGUCAUGAUAUCAGUUGUGAUUACUUCAUCUAAUUACACUGAGUGGCAGAUCCAGGCAGAGUGAAAUUUAAAACUGCCAUCCGGAUUUGACCAAACAGCCACCGUGAAUCCUCCCCCUCUCUACCUCUCUCUCUCUCUCUCUCCACCUAAUGGUCGCUGGAUCAUGCAUGUGAGAUUACAACACACAGAUUUAUCUCUCUGAAAUUUCAGCAAAUUGCAAACUGCUGAGUUUUUAGUGGAAGAGAGGGGAGAUUAAAAACCAGUGGGACAGAAGAAGAGCAUACCUCAGGCCCACUCUCUCCUUCUCACUUCUCCUCCAACAUCAGCACCUUAUGAGCUCAGACCAGAUCACCUUUACGUCAUGACGUGUGUCUGUAAACGCCGAUGUUUCAGUGAGAGGGAUGAAACCUGAGCGGUGUCGGUGGAGUGGAGGGAGUGAUGUCAAGUGUGGCCAAUAUUUGGCAUCCUAUUUAUGGAAUCUGAAAGAGAAAAUAGUCAAAGAUUUUAGCCCAAGGAACUUGCCAUUCCUCAGCAUAGCUUCUACAGUGAUCUGUGACAUCUGUACGGAUGUAAAAUCAUGGACUGAAAACGGGAACGAUGGACUACACACUCAAACACGCUCACGCUUUGCAACUUUCAUCGGAAAAUCUGUGGUUUCUGACUGCAGAUUUUAUGAUGUAUGUGACAGACCUUCGUUGAAGGUCCACUGUAUAUUUCUGACUGUUGUACUGUAUGUAAAGACUGAAUAAAACCUUGAAUGUUACAUCAAGCUUGAA